UCAAAAGGUUCAGUGACGCUAGUGAUCCAGAAGCCACUGACCAUGGGUUUCUCUAUAUUUAGUCCCACCAGAAGCUUGGAUGGUGUUUCUGGGUUCUUCCAAGUGGUCUUCCUGCUCAGCCUAUUUCUGGUGCUUUUCAAGGCAGUCCAGUUCUACUUAAGAAGGCAGUGGCUGCUCAAGACCCUCCAGAAGUUCCCAUCCACUCCUUCCCAUUGGCUUUGGGGGCACCGCCAGAAGGAUAAGGAGCUCCAGCAGAUUCUUACGUGGGUAGAGAAAUUCCCAAGUGCCUGCUUGCAGUGGCUCUCAGGGAGUCGUGCACGAGUCUUGAUCUAUGACCCUGACUAUGUGAAGGUGAUAGUGGGGCGAUCAGAUCCAAAAGCUUCUGGUAUUUACCAAUUAGUUGCUCCCUGGAUUGGCUACGGUUUGCUUCUGUUGAAUGGGAAGAAGUGGUUCCAGCACCGGCGGAUGCUGACUCCAGCCUUCCAUUAUGAUAUCCUCAAACCCUACGUCAGAAUCAUGGCGGACUCCGUCAAUACAAUGCUAGACAAAUGGGAGAAGCUCGGUGGACAGGACUACCCUCUGGAGGUCUUUCACUACAUCUCCAUGAUGACGCUGGACACUGUUAUGAAGUGUGCUUUCAGUUACAAGGGCAGUGUCCAGUUGGAUGAAAAUUCCAGGUUCUACACUAAGGCCGUUGAGGAUCUGAACACCCUGACUUUCCAUCGAAUAAGGAGUGUCUUUUAUUGGAAUAACACCAUCUACAAAAUGUCCUCUGACGGCCGUUUGUUCCACCAUGCCUGCCAGCUUGCACAUGAGCACACAGAUGGAGUGAUCAAGAUGAGGAAAGCUCAGCUUCAGAACGAGGAAGAGCUGGAGAAAGUCAAGAAGAAGAGGCGCUUGGAUUUCUUGGACAUCCUCUUGCUUUCCAAAAUGGAGGAUGGGAAGAGCUUGUCUGAUGAGGACCUGCGUGCAGAGGUGGAUACAUUCAUGUUCGAGGGCCAUGACACCACAGCCAGUGGAAUAUCCUGGAUUUUCUAUGCUCUGGCCACACACCCUGAGCACCAACAGAGAUGCAGAGAGGAGGUUCAAAGUGUCCUGGGUGAUGGAACCUCUGUCACCUGGGACCACCUGGACCAAUUGCCCUACACCACCAUGUGCAUCAAGGAGGCCAUGAGACUCUACCCACCUGUACCAGGUGUGAGUCGAGAGCUCAACACACCUGUCACCUUCCCUGAUGGACUCUCCUUACCCAAAGGCAUCACAGUCUCAAUCAGCAUUUAUGGCCUUCACCAUAACCCACGUUUUUGGCCAAACCCUAAGGUCUUUGACCCUUCUAGAUUUGCACCAGAUUCUUCUAGGCACAGCCAUGCUUUCCUGCCCUUCUCAGGAGGAGCAAGAAACUGCAUUGGGAAACAGUUUGCUAUGAAUGAGAUGAAGGUGGCCGUGGCCCUGACUCUGCUCCGCUUUGAGCUGCUGCCAGAUCCCACCAGGAUCCCAGUCCCCAUGUUAAGACUUGUGUUGAAGUCCAAGGAUGGGAUCCACCUGCGUCUCAAGAAGCUAAGAUAAUUCUGGAGGAGAAAAGGACUAAUCUAGGGACCUGCUGCCUUCAGGGCUUUCUGCUUGUCACCUGCUUUUGUCCCAGGCUUAUCUGUAUUUCUUUUGCUUUCUUUCUGACACCUGUCCCUCUGCUGUCUGUGAUAUCUCCUGUCAUCCCAUCUUCCUGCGCUUUUUCGAACUCUCCCUAGACUCUUCCCCAGUUGUGUGUGUGCCUGUCUGCCACAUGGUUGUGUCUCUGACUGGCCACACAACCCCUGAACACCUGCCUGUCCUCAGUUUACCCUUUAUAACCAUCACCCUGAAAGAAGAAACAUUUUGCCGGGCGGUGGUGGCACACGCCUUUAAUCCCAGCACUCGGGAGGCAGAGGCAGGCGGAUCUCUGUGAGUUCGAGACCAGCCUGGUCUACAAGAGCUAGGUCCAGGACAGGCUCUAAAAAAGCUGCAGAGAAACCCUGUCUCGAAAAAAAAAGAAACAUUUUAAAUGGAGACACUUGUGCCUCUCCCUUUGGCUCUCAGACUCUUGAGACAGUGAACACCAUGAACUAAAAUGUCCUUAGGAAUCACAUGCUGGGAGAAAAUUAACAUUAAAAGUCUGCAUCACCCAGAAGAGAAACUUGAUUCACAAGCAGAGGCUCUCCAUAUUCUUUCUAUUUGUCUCAUGUUGAAGUUAAUGUGUGUUUAGGGUGUUUGCUCCAAUUUUCUUAUGAAAUAAUAAUACUGUUAUAGAGAAAUGAAUAGUUUUUCCUACUUUGCUCCAAGCUGAAAAUAAAUCCAUUUUACUUCAUCUA